AUUUUGAAACAAUGCAUCAGCUCUUUGAAGUUUUUCAUGGGUCAAGAGGUCAGUGAAGGAAGUGCAGUGGAGGAAAGCAAAAGUUCACACCCAUGAAGUGAUUGAGACCUUCAGUGAAGCUCCUCCUACAACAAUCCACCAAUAAAUGCUGGAGUCAAACACACAGAGAAAUCACUCCAUGUGUGACAACUGAAAUCUUCAUGACAUAAUGUUGAUGCUGGUGAAAGAGGAGCUUGAGAAGAUGACAGAUCCACAACCAUGCAGAAUAAAGGAUGAAGAUACUGAGGAACAAAUAGUUCACACCCAUGAAGUGAUUGAGACCUUCAGUGAAGCUCCUCCUACAACAAUCCACCAAUAAAUGCUGGAGACAAACACACAGAGAAAUCACUCCAUGUGUGACAACUGAAAUCUUCAUGACAUAAUGUUGAUGCUGGUGAAAGAGGAGCUUGAGAAGAUGACAGAUCCACAACCAUGCAGAAUACAGGAUGAAGAUACUGAGGAACAAAUAGAUAUGAUGGAAGUGAAUAAGGAGAGUCAAGGUGAAGUAGAUGAGAAACAUCAGAAUGUAAAAACAAAAUGUAAUGCUUCACAGAAAGAAACUCUAAGAACAGAAGACAAAAUGUGUGAAAAGAGUUUUAGUAAAGAUGGACGCCCUGCAGAUCACAAGAGGACUCAAAAUGCAAAGAAACCAUUCACAUGUCAACACUGUGGGAAGAGUUUCACCAAAAAAUCUAAGUUUACAAUCCACAUGAGAGUUCACACUGGAGAGAAACCAUUUAUGUGUAAACAGUGUGGGAUGAGUUUUACUCAAAAAUCAGGUGUUGAGAGCCACAUGAGGAUUCACACCGGAGAGAAACCUUACAAAUGCAGUCUUUGUGACAAGAGUUUUACCCAUAAAAAUGCCUUUAAAACACACAUGAGAGUUCACACUGGAGAGAAACCUUACUCGUGUCAACAGUGUGGUAAAAGUUUCACACAACAAUCAGGUUUUGAUGGCCACAUGAGAAUUCACACCGGAGAGAAACCUUACAAAUGCAGUCAGUGUGAAAAGAGUUUUCGCUCUGGAAGUAACCUUAAGGAACACAUGAAGAUUCACACUGGAGAGAAACCUUUUCCAUGCCAGCAUUGUGAAAAGAGUUUCCCAAAUGCAAAACAACUUAACAGACACAUGAGAAUUCACACUGGAGAGAAACCUUUUGAAUGUCAUCAUUGUGGAAAGUUUUUCAGAUGUUAUGGUAACCUUAAUGCACACAUGAGAAUUCACACUGGAGAGAAACCGUUCAUGUGUCAACAGUGUGGUAAGAGUUUUGCCCAUCAAUCAGGUUUUGACAGCCACAUGAAAAUUCACACUGGAGAGAGAUCAUUUGCAUGUCAUCAUUGUGAAAAGAGUUUCUCGUCUAAGGAUCAUCUUACGAGACAUGUGAGAAUUCACACUGGAGAGAAACCAUUCAAGUGCCAUCACUGCGAGAAGAGUUUUACCACUGGUGGUAACCUUAAUGAACACAUAAGAGUUCAUACCGGAGAGAAACCAUUCAUGUGUGAACAGUGUGGGAAGAGUUUCACCAAAAAAUCAACGUUUACAAUCCACAUGAGAGUUCACACUGGAGAGAAACCAUUCAUGUGUAAACAGUGUGGGAUGAGUUUUACACAUCAAUCAGGUUUUGAGAGCCACAUGAGGAUUCACACCGGAGAGAAACCUUACAAAUGCAGUCAGUGUGAGAAAAGUUUUUCCUAUAAAAACGUCCUUAAAGCACACAUGAGAGUUCACACUGGAGAGAAACCUUACUCGUGUAAACACUGUGGAAAAAGUUUCACUCAACAAUCAAGUUUUGAUGGCCACAUGAGGAUUCACACCGGAGAGAAACCUUACAAAUGCAGUCAGUGUGAAAAGAGUUUUCGCUCUGGAAGUUAUCUGAAGGAACACAUGAAGAUUCACACUGGAGAGAAACCUUUUCCAUGCCAGCAUUGUGAAAAGAGAUUUCCAGAUGCAAGACAACUUAAUACACACAUGAGAGUUCACACCGGAGAAAAACCUUUUGAAUGUCAUCAAUGUGGAAAUUUUUUCAGAUGUUAUAGUAACCUUAUUUCACACAUGAGAGUUCACACUGGAGAGAAACCAUUCAUGUGCCAUCACUGCGAGAAGAGUUUUACAACCAGUAGUAACCUUAAUGAACACAUAAGAGUUCAUACCGGAGAAAAACCAUUCAUGUGUGAACAGUGUGAAAAGUGUUUUUCAGCAACAAACCAACUUAAAAGACACAUGAGAGUUCACACUGGAGAGAAAUGCAUUCCCGUGCAGUCAGUGUGAAAAGAGUUUCAGAGAGGAAAGUACACUUAAGAUACACACAUGACAAUUUACACCUCAGAGAAACCGUUCACGUGUCAACAUGACAUCAAAAUGUAGUUUCAUAAUUCAUCAGCACUCUCACACUGGAGAAAAGUCAUUUAAAUGUGAUGAGUGAAGUAAAAAGUUUAAAUCCUCAUCACAUCUAAAGAGACACAUGAGUGUUCAUGCAAAUAUGAAAUAUUAGUUGUGUACUGUUUGUUUUAAAGUGUUUAUGUCUGUUUGAAAUGUACAAAUUGGUUUAAGAUGUUGUGUGCUUUGAGUGUUAACAAGGUACAACUACAGAAUUUUACCCACAUGUCUAGACUCUCUUUAAGUCUUUUAUUUUUUAAUAUUUCAUGACUUUUUCUAAUUACAAGAUAAAUUCAGAAAUGAGUUUUUUUACUUGUUAACUACACAUGUGAUGAACCCAAUAAUAAAGGAUAUUUUGACCACAA